GAGAGAGAGAGAUGGCAGCAGAGGAUUCAAAAGAAGCCAUAAAAACGGUGGCUGAUAUGGCUCCUAUUACCGCAGAAAGGAAGGUCCGAGAUGAUCUGGAGUCUAAGCUCCCCAAGCCCUACUUGCCUAGAGCUGUGGUUGCACCUGAUACAGAAAAUAUAAAUGGUACGUGGGGCCAUAAACAUCAAAACAUGUCCGUGCUUCAACAGCAUGUAGCUUUCUUUGACCAAGACAAUGAUGGCAUCAUCUACCCAUCAGAAACAUAUAAAGGAUGUCGCGCACUCGGUUUCAAUGCAGUUGCUUCCUUCUUUUUUAUGAUUUUGAUCCAUGGAUCUAUGAGCUAUGCUACCUUGCCUACAUGGAUACCAUCAUCACCUUACUUCCCAAUAUACAUACAGAACAUACAUAAAGGAAAGCAUGGAAGUGAUUCAGGGACUUAUGACACAGAGGGAAGAUUUAUCCCUGCAAAUCUUGAGAACAUGUUCAGCAAAUACGCUCGUACAGUGCCUGACAAACUUACCCUACGGGAGCUCUGGCACAUGACCGAGGCAAAUCGCAAUGCACAUGACUUCUUUGGCUGGCUUGCAAGUAAACUAGAGUGGGGAGUUCUUUAUGUUCUUGCAAAGGAUGGGGAAGGUUUCUUAGCAAGAGAAGCUGUGAGGCGUUGCUUUGAUGGAAGCUUAUUUGAAUAUUGUGCUAAGGUGCAAAAGAAUGCUGCUGUCGGUAACAAGGUUGACUAAUAUGCAUCUAUUAUCAAGAAGAUUAGGAUCAUUGUGUACGUUAUUGGAACAGUGAAAAUUUAAUUUGACUUGGCAUUAUAUAAAUGUUUGUAGCCUUUUCUUUUGUAAGGUCAAACAAAUAACCUUGCCUUAAAGGGUUAGUUUGUGU